AUGAGAUCGUUCGUCACUUUGGCUUUUGUUGGCAUUGCUGCCUCGCAGAAGAGCGCGACCACGGAUCCCGUGUACUCGUGCCCGGCCGGCUUCACGUUGAACGGCAAGACCUGCCGUCGCCAGGUGUCGUCCCCGGCGUCGCUCUUCUGUCCCGUGGGUGUGUUGGAGAACGGCCAAUGCAUAGCGCCGGGCCAGAAGGACUCGCACUGUCCCGUGGGCACGACCCCGGUGGCGGGCGGUUGCCAAUCGCGUUCGCAGACGCCUGCGGAGCGUGUGUGCCCGCCGAACACGCACGAUAUCGGUGGUGAGUGCCAGACGUACGGCGUGACAGGCAUCGUGGAGGUCUGCCAGACGGGCGAGCUGAUCAACGGUGAGUGUGUCACCUACGAGCCGGUUGCGCAGCUCAAGGGCAAGAGGUGCCCAGCUGGUUACACCGAGCAGAAGGGCAGUUGCUACAAGACUGCGCAGAUGGACUGCACGCCGCCUCACCAAGGCAAGAGACUGUUGCAGGCCAAGGGAGCCAUGCCGACGCACGGCAAGGGCACUGUCAACCUCGCUGCGCCGUAUCUGGCCGCCCAUCUUGAGCCCGCUACCGCGCCCAAGUACGUGCCUACGCCCGCCAAGUUGGCUGUGACCCAAAAGCAGUGCGAAGUCAAACUCGAGGCUGCCGUCAACAACGAAGCCAACUGCCCCGCCGGCACUGUCGCUCACCAUGCGACUGGCUGCGCCACCAAGCACGUGGAACCAUCCGCCGUUGCUUGCUCUCUUGGCGAGUCCUACCUCUGCUUCCCCGCUUCACCCGCUCCCAGCACACUGAGAUGCCCCCAGGGCUACAACCUCCUCGGAGACAUGUGUGUCAAGACUACCGUCUCACCCCGCGCCGUCGCCUGCGCCGAGGGCUCCAUUCUCGCACCCAACGGACAGUGCAUCCAAAUCCUUGGCGGACCUCAACCCAGAUGCCCGCCCGGCCAACAGGUCUCUGGCACCAUGUGCCUUGGCAGCGAAACCGUCCCUCCCCAAGUGCAGGUCACCGUUACCUGCACCGGAAAAGACUGCUAUCGCCACUAG